AACACGGGGACACCGGGAAUACCGGGAACACAGGGACACCGGGAAUACCGGGAAUAUCGGGAAAGGGAACGGGACACCGGGAAGGGGAUACGGGGACAGCAUACCGGGAACGGGACACCGGACACGGGCCCCAAGCACGGGGAAAGGUGACACCGGCACCGGCCCUACUGAAACCAGCACCGGGACCGGGGCAACCGGACACCGGCACCGGCAACGGCUCCAGCAGCACCGACCCCGCCAUCCCGGGAACCGAGACAGCGGCACGGACAGCGGCUCACCGGGAACCCCCGGGCACGGACAGCGGGACGGGACCGGGCUGCGAGCGCCGGCAGCUGCGGGGCGGGGGCCGCCGGUAAUCCCGGGAGAGCGGGGCCGCCGCGGUCCCUGCGGGUGCCGCCCGAGGGGAGCGCGGGGGUUUCCCGCAGGCAGGAUCCGCCCGGGGUCUGCUCCAAGAUGCACAGGACCACCCGGAUAAAGAUCACGGAGCUGAACCCACACCUGAUGUGCGCCCUCUGCGGCGGCUACUUCAUCGACGCCACCACCAUCGUGGAGUGCCUGCACUCCUUCUGUAAAACCUGCAUCGUUCAUUACCUGGAGACCAACAAGUACUGCCCCAUGUGCGAUGUGCAGGUGCACAAAACCCGGCCCCUGCUCAGCAUCCGGUCGGACAAAACUCUCCAGGACAUCGUGUACAAGCUGGUCCCGGGGCUUUUCAAAGAUGAGAUGAAGAGGAGGCGAGACUUCUAUGCUGCGUACCCGGUGGCCGAGGUUCCCCUGGGCUCGCAGGAGGAGCGUGGCGAGGUGGCCGAGCGGGACCAGGGCGCGGGGCCUGAGGACGAGAUCGUCAGUCUGUCCAUCGAGUUCCACCGGGACUGCAGGGAGGAGCAGAAAGGUGCUGUGGAGAACGGGGACCUGGACAAGGACAAGGCGCCGCCGUGCCCACCCAGCCCCGGGCUGCGGUUCCUGCGCUGCCCCGCGGCCAUGACCGUGCUGCACCUGGCCAAGUUCCUGCGCAACAAGAUGGACGUGCCCAGCAAGUACCGGGUGGAGGUGCUGUACGAGGACGAGCCCCUGAAGGAAUAUUACACCCUGAUGGACAUCGCCUACAUCUACCCCUGGAGCAGGACCGGUCCCCUGGCACUCAAGUACCGCGUCCAGCCCUCCUGCAAGCGGCUCAGGCUGUGCCCGGCGCUGCCCUCCGAGGGCACCAACACCAGCGGCGCCUCCGAGUGCGAGUCGGGCAGCGACAAAGCGCAGAGCCCCGGGCUGGCAUCGCCCCCCGCCCUGCCCGGCCCCGGCCACGGCCCCCCCGGGGCUGCCCUCAACGGCUCCGCCUCGAACUGUCACCCACUGCCACCCAGCUGCCACCCGCUGCCACCCGCCCGCGGCCGCAAAACCACCCUGAACAGCAGCGCGGGCUCGGCCCUGAGCUAAAAACCUCCGGGGGCUGCUGGAAACCCUCCUGGUAUCAGAAAAAUCUUCCUGGGACUCCGGAAAAUCCUUCUGGGACUCUGGAAAGUCAUCCUGGGGCUCAGAAGACCCUCAUGGGACUCCAAAAUUCUUCCUGGGACUCCGGAAAAUCUUCCUGGGACUCCAAAAAAUCUUCCUGGGACUCC